AUGCAGGGGUUUAGACAAGCAUUUGAGCACAGUAAUCUUAUUCAAAUACCCACUGUUGGCUCUUUCUUCAUAUGGGAGAAGGGCAGGGAGUCGAAUAAUCUGGUUAGAGAGAAGCUUGAUAGAGCCCUUGCUACUAAGGACUGGGCUCGUAAAUUCACUAAUGAUGUCUGCUUGGUUGUUCAUGUUCCUAGAUCGGAUCACAAACCGUUGGUGAUUAAUACAGCUCCUAAGGAUAAUAGGAGAGAUAGAAGGAGAUUUCGAUUUGAUAAUGCAUGGAGUAGAAAUAGAGAUUUUUGGCAAAAGAAGAAGACUAUGCAGAGAUUAUUGGAUAAUGGACCAAGUACUGUUUCUCACGCCUCUUUAAAGGAAGAUUGCAAUCGUCUCCUUGAGCAGGAAGAAGUUAGACUUAAACAACAGGCAAAAUGCUUUUGGCUUAACAAUGGGGACCGAAAUACAAAAUUUUUUCAUUUUAUUCUUUAUGGCGAUUCUGUGGAUUGUGAACGGAUUUUUGAGUUGGUGCUGCCCUUGAUUAGUGAUGCCGAUAAUGCUGAUCUUUGUGCUCCCUUUUCGAAUGAGAAAUUUAGAGUUACUCUUUUUCAGAUGCAUCCAGACAAGGCACCUGGGCCGGAUAGGUUAAAUCCUGCAUUUUACCAGAGAUUUUGGCACUUGAUUGGUAAUGAUGUUUCCGAUGGUUGUCGCCUAUGGCUUCAACAAGGUACUUUUCCUUCUUCUCUUACUGAAACAUUGAUUAUUUUGAUCUCUAAAGUGGAUAGCCCUGAAACUGUUAAAGACUUUCGUCCAAUUACGUUAUGUAAUGUGUUAUAUAAAAUUGUGGCUAAAGCUUUGGCGAACAGAUUUAAAAGGGUCCUUCCUAUGACUAUCUCUAAGAAUCAGUCUGCCUUUAUCCCUCAUCGGUUGAUUACCGAUAAUAUUAUGGUUGCGUUUGAAAUGAUACACAAUAUGAAAACUAAUAAGGGCAGAAAUGAUGAAGGCUUAUCGUUACUACUUAAAGAUGCUGAAUCUAGAGGCCGGUUGCAGGGCUGUAAGGCAAGUGCUAGAUGCCCAAAGAUCUCACAUUUAUUUUUUGCAGAUGAUUCUCUGUUAUUUUUUAAUGCUAGACUGGAGGAAGCAGAUAGUAUUAAAUCUAUUCUCAAUACCUAUGCUGCUGCUUCUGGACAAGUGGUGAACUUCAACAAAUCUGGCAUUUUCUUCAAUCCCAAUGUGGUCUCCUCUGUAAGGUCUAAUAUCAGUAAUAUCCUAGAUGUUCAUUCACCAUUGAGUCAUAGUGCCUAUCUGGGGUUACCUUCUCUUAUUGGGAGGAACAAAAAAGCAGUUUUUGAUUUUCUAAAAGAAAGAAUGUGGAAGAGGAUUAAUUCAUGGGGCAGCAGAUUCCUAUCUAGAACAGAAUGGUCAAUGGCUUUUGGUAGGGGAGUGUUUAAAACAAAGUACUUCCCAAAUGGUGAUUUAUUUUCCACCAAUGUAAGUAAUGGUGCUAGCUUUAUUUGGAAAAGUGUGAUGGCAAUAAGGGAGUUGAUUCAAAGGGGUACAAGGUGGAGGGUGGGUAAUGGAGAGAAUAUUUUAAUGGCUUCAGCUCCCUGGAUUCCUAAGGAGGAUAUCUUUUUUGCAGAUGAUGGCUUCGAUUUUAUUGAACCACAUUUGCGUGUUUGUGAUCCUUUUGAAGGUAAUGGGAGGGUUUGGAACAUUACUCUUUUAAUGGAGCUUUUUUCUUCAAGAGAUAUCAAGCCUAGUAUUAGUAUUCCUAUUAGUAUUAUCAAUAAGGAAGACCCCUUCUUGUGGCACUUUGAUAAAGGAGGUGUGUAUACGGUGAAAUCCGCAUACGUUGUGUAUAUGAAUUUACUAGGAAGAUCAUCUUUUAAUGUGGGGGAUGAGUCGUGGACUAGUUUGUGGAAUGUUUCGAUCCCUCCAAAAGUGAAGGAUUUCUGUUGGAGAGCUUGUAGAAAUAUAUUGCCUACAAAGGAUAACUUAAGGCAAAAGAGCGUGGAUAUGGAUGCUAGAUGUCCUUGGUGCCAUAAAGAUGAAAGUGUCAAUCAUAUUUUGUUGCAUUGUCCUGUGUCCAAGGAAAUCUUGAAGUCCCAAGAUAAAAUUAGAAAAGCCUUUCUAAUGGUCUGUGCAUGGAGAUUAUGGUCAGCAAAAAACUCAUUAUUAUGGAACCAAGUGCAAAAUUCAGCAGCUCACCUUGUGGAAGAUGUUAUGCAUCAUAUCUCGGAUUGGGAAGUUGCUCAACAUGCUAGUGCUUUGCAUAGAAAUACCAUUGCUACUUUAUAUCAGGGCAGAAACUUGUUUUAUUUCUCCAAUCCUGCUCGUGAUCUUGAAGUCAUUCCUCUCCAAAUUCGUGCGUCAUCUCCAAGUUUGGAUAAUUUCAAUUGGUUUUGUCAAAUUGAUGGAUUUUUAUUUCAAGUUCAAGAUUUUAUUGGCUACGGUUUUGUUGUGAAAAACUUUGAGAGUAUAUUUCAACGUGGUGUUUGUAGUUUCUCGGAAGGUAAUGGUACGCUGAUAAUUGUUGAAACUUUAACUCUUCAUCACUGUUUGCUCUUUGUGACAAAAUUUUUGUCUUUUAAUGGCUGCAUUUUUCUAGACUGUUUGCAAGUAAUUUUCAGUUUCCACAUUUAG